UUCACUCCGCUGUGAAACUGGCAGCAGAACAGAUGAAACCUCCAGUAAUGCGAUGCCACAGCAGCGUGUUGAACUCCAGUAGGGCUCUGCUUGAUGUGACGGAACUUUCUCUUCAUCCUCCUCCUCCUCCUCCUCCUCAGCAUCAGCAUCAGCAUCACUUCUGACUUGAUGACUAUUUCUCUGGGCUUGUUGUCUGCCCGCGCGUCGUUCUCCACGGGUCUGCACUGAAAGUUUGAUUUCAAACAAAGACAAGAGAAGAUGAACAGCACGGGGUUCAACCAGACGCAGGGCGCACUGUUCAACAAGACGGAGGAGUUAUUCUGCUGCAACUUUUCCUCCGUGGUGACUGACAAUGGCUUCGUGGCCGCGGCGCCGGACGAGAGGAGCCUCUUCAUCAUGAGGGUGGUCCAGAUCGCCGUCAUGUGCGUCCUGUCCCUCACCGUGGUCUUUGGCAUUUUCUUCCUGGGCUGCAACCUCCUGAUAAAGUCCGAGGGGAUGAUCAACUUCUUGGUCACGGACAGGAGACCAUCCAAAGAAACGGAGGCCGUCAUUGUCGGAGCUUAUUGACACUGACGAGGCGGAUCUCGAUGGAUGGAGAGAUGUUGGAGACUAUUCUGCCUCUUCUCACGUUGGUGCGUCAGUCGCCAUGUAAGAGGCAGCUGAACCCCGCGGGGUUAGGGUGGCUUUUUUAACGCCAACAGACUCAUGCAUCUCCAAGAGGUAUAGUGCGUUUUCAGCCUCUAUAUGUUUAUAAAGUAUUCAACCAAGCACUGUUGUGUAAUUUCAGUAGAUGGAGCACAAUCUGUCCAAGCAGCGUCCUUUGUCAUGUCAGUGGCAAAGUCCUCUCUCACCUGCUGCUUAAUUCUUCCCUCUCACGUUGCUAAAGCAAUGGAGAAUUUAAUGUGUAAGGUGUUUUAUGUAUGUUGUAUGGUUUUUUGCAUACAACAUGCAACAUAUAAAUUACUAUUUCUCUCUGGACUUCCUGGUGAUAACUGUAUGAGUGUAUAUGAGCGUGGGCGAUGGAGGAAGCCCAACAUGCCAUGUAUCGUGUAAAUUGGAAUAAAUUCACUAUGUAAUUAAA